AUGAUCGUCACCGCCAGUAUUCCAGCAGCUGACUCGUCUGACGCUGAGUCAGUUCGCACUCUCGUUCCCGUUCAGAGAGUCCCUCCAUGGGUCCCAACUCUGACUAUCUGCUCCCACAUCACAUCUACAGUUGCAUUAGCCUAUGCUAUACAAGACAGCGUCAAUCUUUCAUACCAGUAUCUACCGAAUGCCUUCGUUCCAACGGUACUCGCAUAUACACUCUCCCUCCCAUUCCACAUCGCCAUACUCCUUCUAAAAUGGCUAGAACGGCAUAAAACCGAGUCCAUCAUGUCAUUUACGCCAGCUACGCCUCGGUAUAUAGCCUAUUCCGUGCUCUUGGUUGCAUUUUGGGUGGCCUCUGUUGCUGUAUGCUCGAUCAAUCUCCACACCGCAUCCAAACCAAAUUGGUUUUUUUGCUCUGAUGACAACCCGGCGUGCAUUCAACUCAAAAUGACCAUAGACAAUCCACCUGUAAAGGCCUAUGCAACACCUCUCGCUUCGGAAUUGGCUUCUUCAGUAACAUUGGUGUUAUCCAUUGCUAUUACAACACGCUUGUUUAUGUACCACCGCCAGCUCCUGAAGAAGUCCCGUAGUGCAGCAGGUCAUGACGGCUCAAUGGCGUUGGAACCAAAGGGAUACACUUGA